CACUUGACUUUGGUCUGGCUGGCCAGGAAUCGGAGUGAAUAUGAUGGGUUCUUUUUAUUUAAAGGUCUUUUUGGAACGCAGUGACAUUGAAACGGGCCCCAGCGCUGUGGUCUAGUAAUGGGAUUUACUGUGCCGCUUAGAAGUGUAACAGCCUUUCCUAUCCCGAAAGCGAGAUUGAACGACGUUCAGUCCUCACUCUUCAGUCCUUCGGAGAUUCUCAUAACAUUGAGAGAUACCGAGGACUCUGAUCGCCGCGAGAAUUACACUUUAGAAUUCUUGUGCGAGAUACAGUAUAUGUGUUUCCCCUAAGGUAUCGAAUCACCCCUUCGAUCCGACCGGUAUAUUAUCAGCAAAGUGGUCCUUCCUUCCUCAACAGUGUACAUAUCACCUCUAACAUAGUACAAACCACGUCACCAAAUUUCAAUGGACAUUUUCAUUGACACUCAAACUCUGGCCGUCACCAUCACCAUUCUCGUCAUCGGCCUUGCCACCAUAAUCUAUAUGACCAAUAAUCAAGACAAAAUGUCCUCCUCAAAAUCCUCCACAUCAACCCUCCAGACUGUCCCCAUCCCAACCCCCACCUACGGUCCCUCCGGAUCCUUCACCGUCCUCGCAAAAACAUUCAUCCCAAACGCAACACCAGCCGAAGUCCUCGCCACCAUCCGAAACACCAACACCUGGUCCCAAUGGAACGGCUUCACGCCAACAUUCACAUUCUCUCCAUCCUCAGUCGUAAACCCGGCAUCGGGAUCAUUUCAGAAGACGAAAACAACGCCAGUAUCUAAGGCUGGUUCCGAAUCAUUGGGAUCUCCAUCUGAUCCAGCCCUCGUGACCGGAAAGCCCGGAUGGCUGGACCCAGGCUCUGCAGGUGAGAUGGCUGUUUUCAUGAGCGGGGAUGGAUUGGUUGAGGGGAUAAAGAAAAGCAGAGAUCAGGGUAUUAUUGUCACUGUCCUGGAGCUUCUCACUGCGUCUAUGAAUGCCCCACGGGAUGAGAAGAAAGGGUACAGGAUCGCGUGGAAGAGUGUUGGGUAUGCGCAGUGGCAGAUGUUCUCUGAGCGCGUGACUGAACUGGUCGAGGUUGAUGAGGAAGGCCAGGGAGGAGAAGAGGGGAGGAAGGGUACGGAGUAUGUGUGUUGGGAGACUUUUGGGGGCGUGCUUGGGCCGGUUGUGAGGUUAGCUGUUGGGGGGACGUUGAAGGUCAGGUUUAUGGAGUACGCGGAUGGGCUGAGAGGGUUUUGUGGGGAAGGGAAGGGCAAUUGAAGUGAGGGUGGGGCUGUUGGAAAGUGUGUGAGGCUGUUGGUCUUAAAGUGCGAAUGGGGAGUUUUGAGUUUAGAAAGAUUGGAUAUCGUGUUUUCUUUGCGCCCACAUGGAGCCAAAAGGCCAUGAGACUAGUCUCCAAGUACUACACGACACAAGGUAUGUGGUAA